AUGCAGGAGGAAGAUGCUAGAUACUUGAAAAGGUACGCAGUACUUACCUUUUUAUGUUUUCUGUGCGUGACUUUGAAAUAUCGAAAGCAACUAAGCAUGACAAGAUAAAUGGCCUCUCAUUACUUUUGUCAUUUUGAUACUAGACGUGUGAAAGCAGGGUCAAUUGAUGUUCAUCCAACAGAGAAAGCUAUUAUUGUCAACUAUGAGCUGGAGGCCACCAUCCUUGGGGAAAUGGGUGACCCCAUGUUAGGGGAAAAGAAAGAAUGCCAGAAAAU